CCCGCUCCAUCAUCUCCAUUCCAAUUCCAGAUCUCCAUAAUCAUAAAAUUUCCUUAUAUGACAAAAAAAAUCAUAAAAUUUCCUGUGAAUUGGACGGAAGGAGGAGGCAGAGGCUUGCAAUCAAGCUCGGCCUCCUCCAUGUUCCGUCCCUCCUCUCUUCUUAUAUCUGUUUUUCUUUGACGCUCACCAGGUGUUUGUUGAAAGUCCUGAACCAAAUAAUCAAUCAGAUUAUAUAUAAUGGGUGAUCGUCUAGUGCCUAUAGAUGAUGUUGCUUUGCCCAACAAAAUGGUGGCGGUGGGUGUUUCCAGGGAUAAUAACAGCAAAUUUGCUGCUAGAUGGGCUAUUAAUAAUCUCUUGACCCACAAAACUAAAUCAUCACUCUUUCUCAUCCAUGUUAGGAGGAAACAACACCAUGAACAGGGUGACUUAACUGAUGCUGACAUGUCACAACUAUUUAAGCCCUUCCGAGCAUACUGUGCACGAAAAGAGGUUCUGGCAAAAGAGAUAGUCAUUGACCAUGAUGAUAUUUCCGAGGCGCUUCUGAACUUCGUAGAUGACAACAUCAUCACCCAUUUUGUUCUUGGAGCAUCAACAAGGAGUACUCUUCAAAUGCAAUGGAGGGUCCCUGACAUUCCUACUAUGAUCAAUGAAUCUGCACCAGGAUUUUGUUCAGUGUAUGUAAUUUCAAAAACUGAGAUACAAUCUGUCAGACUAGCUGCAGUGCCUGCAGCCAUUCUUUCCUCAAUUUCUAGUACACCAAAUUGUCAAAAAAUGUUAUCUCAUUUUCUAACCAAGCAAUCUGAACCAGAGGAAGAAGUCAGCGAAAAGCAGAGAAGUGUAAGAUCUGAGAGGAGGCGAUGGAACCGAAAAUUAUCAGUAGACAGUAUUGACACUUUGUUCAGGGGGGAGAAGAAUAUUUCUAACAAUAAUCGCCUUGGCGUGCACGAAGAUUCAAAUGACCAUCUAAACUUUGUAUCACAUGUUGUUACUGACCAGAAUGAAGAUGUUACCACUUUACAAGAAUCGACAGAGAGAUUGCACAGAUUGCAGUCAAAAAAUGUUGAAGCUAAGUUGAGAAGGAUGAAGCUUGAACUCAAGCAAUCUAUAGACAUUUACAACAGAACUUGGAAGGGAGCGUAUACAGCCAUUAAGAAGGUUAAGGAAAUUCAUCACUGCAAACUAGAAGAAAGUCCCAAAUUCGAGAUAGCAGGUCUUCUCGAAGACGCAGUUGUUAAUUUGUAUGAGGAGAAGGAGAUGUAUAUGCACAGAGCUGCAUUUGAAGCAGCGAAAAAGGCAGAAAAGGUAGCUAAACUGGAAGCAGAGAGAAGAAGGCAUGCAGAAUUGAAGGCUAAGAGGAAUGCUGAAGCAAAAUACAGAGCAUUAGAAGUUUUAUCUCACAAUAAUGUCAGGUACAGAAAAUACACAAUCGAAGAUAUUGAGGCUGCCACUGAUCACUUUUCAGAUUCCUUUAAGAUUGGUGAAGGUGGAUAUGGACCAGUUUAUAUCGGAAAGCUUGACCACACAAAAGUUGCUAUUAAGGUUCUUGGAUUAGGUGCUGCACAGGGAAAUAAACAAUUUCAACGAGAGGUUGAGAUCCUAUCUCGCAUGAGGCACCCAAAUAUGGUCCUUCUCCUGGGUGCGUGCCCCCAGUAUGGCUGUUUAGUAUACGAAUACAUGAGCUAUGGCAGUCUGGAAGAUCGUCUAUUUAGAAAAGGUAACACUCCCCCAAUAUCAUGGAGAAUACGGUUUAGAAUAGCAGCUGAUAUUGCAACUGGACUUCUGUUCCUGCACAAUGCGAAACCAGAACCUCUUGUGCACUGUGACGUUAAGCCAGCCAACAUCCUUUUGGACAGCAAUUACACGUGCAAAAUUGGUGAUGUUGGUUUGUCACGUCUACUCCCAGCUUCAAUAGCUGAUAAUGUCACACAAUAUCGCAUGACUUCAGCAGCGGGGACAUUUUGUUACAUUGAUCCUGAAUUUCAACAAACAGGCAAGUUGGUGGUUAAAUCAGAUCUGUACUCAUUUGGUGUAAUGCUACUUCAGAUUCUUACUGCUAGGCCUCCCAUGGGUCUAAUUCGUCGUGUUGAGAAAUCUAUUGCUGAAGGAACAUUUGCAGAUCUGCUUGACCCUAGUGUUCCAGAUUGGCCAGUCAAAGAGGCCCUUUCUUUUGCAAAAAUUGCACUUCGAUGUGUCGAGAUUAAACAGAAAGAUAGGCCAGAUCUUUCUUCAGUGGUUUUGCCAGAGCUUAACAGGUUAAAAGAAUUUGGAAGUAAUAACAUGUCAGAGUUAAAUUCUACAGACUCGAGUUCAUAAGUCAUGAGAAGUGAUGGACAGGCCCCCAAGUUACCCACCGCAAACAGAGCAGAUGCAUUCUGAAAUGUUAGAGCUUCCUGUCUUUCUACAUUUGUCUGCUCAAUUAAGGUUUGAAUUAAAGUCACACCAGGUCACUAGCAAGUAUACUCCUCCAAGCUGAAAUUUUCACAAUUAGUAAAUUACUUACUAAUGUUGUCAUAAAUUAGGGUACAUGGAGGUGUUUGAGGUUUUUGAUGUUAUCUGGGAUUUGCAUCCUUUUCAGCUGCAAUCAAAACUAAAUGAUUUUCUCGAA